UUAUUUCGAGUGUAUUACUACUAUUAUUAGUUAUUGAAAAACCUUGACUUUCUUUAAUUAUUCAUUCCUUUCCUUUCCAUGGCUGUGUGGAGGUGGUGUCUGUCUUAAUUCUCAACACACCGACUUCCUCCGCCGCCAUGGCCGCCAUCAAUGUGCAACGUUCUCCUUCUCCUCCUCCUCUCGAAGAAUCCAACAAUGGCUUCCUCUCUCAAUCACUCGCAUCUACUUCUCCUCCCUCUUCUCAAACUCUGGAGCAGUACCCAUCUUCCAUGGAACAUGAUUAUGAAUCGAUAUGCUGGGGCUGUGGAUUGCGACUUAUUCUCCCAUCAAAUGCACCAGUUUUUAAGUGUGGUUGGUGUGGGGCAAUAACCAAACAAAAUGAAAGCAGACGUGAAGGCAAAAAAUUGCGGUGGAGGCGUUUACGUGAUCGUUGCUUUGUUUCUAUCCUCCUUGUAUUUGUGUCAUUUGUUAUAUGUGGUGGUUUGUGGGCUGUAUACCCAGUUAUAUUUUCAGUGAGCUUAUUUUGUGGCGUAUUCCACAGUAUAGUUACUUUCCUAUUGUCUGUGUCUACUGUUUCUAUGUUCGGCCUGGCAGCCAUCACUGAUGCUGGCACUCCGUCGCCAGUUGUGUGGGGUAGCUAUCCAGCUGUGAGGAAAGAUGAAUUACAGGAUUAUACUUUCUGCCAGUACUGCUCUAAGCCUAAAUCACCUAGAGCUCAUCAUUGCAGUUCGUGUGGGUCUUGUGUGUUGGACAUGGAUCAUCACUGCCCAUUUAUUGGAAACUGUGUUGGUGCAGGAAAUCAUCGUUAUUUCAUCGGCUUCCUUAUUGUAGCUGUUAUUAGUGUAACGUAUGCUGCCAUCAUGUCUGCUUAUGCAAUCCUCCAUGUAUUACCAUCUGUGGGUGAGGGAUCUUUUCAGGAGAUGCAUGGACUCAACAGCAACAUUGCAUUCAUGGGCAUCCUAAAAGACAUAUUUAUUGCAUUUGUGACUUCUGCUGUGUUCUUUUCGCCAAGAGGGCUUGUUCUUCUUUAUCUAUUUGUAGCUAGUAUUUCUGUGGGGAUAGGCUUAACUGUGCUUUUAUGGCAACAACUAUAUUUCAUCUACGAGGGAAGAACGUAUUUAACUAGCUUAAGUUCACAGGAUGAUGCAGAACGGGACUGCAGAAACCUGUACCGAUUUUUUGGUUUCCCACAUUCCUUUUCCCUAUAUUUUCGUGUUUGUUGUAAUUCUAAGAAAAUUCACAGAAAGUUAUGAUUUCCCCCCAAUUUCAUCCCACUGAAGGGUUUGGGCGAGUAUAUCCGUCAUGUACGAGUUUUGCUUGUUAGAUAGGUAGGAAACAACCUUUGUGUGGUUAUUUCAGGGAUCAUCUUUGGAGGCAUUGGGGAUGAUACUGUUUUUAUAGUGUUGUUGAUUAGUGUUGUAAAUUAGUAAUUCAUUGAAGAUCUCAUUAACACAGAUAUAACUUUAAUCUCUAUUAUUGUCUUACUAGUUUUUUUCCUUU